AUGGGUUACACUAAAACCUGGAAAUGUGAAGGAGAGAAGCUUUGUGUGGAGACCACAUGCUCACUCUUGCUUCACUUCUGGACAACAGCAGAAUCUGGAUCCAUGGCUUCCAUCCUCAGCAGUUCUCCCUAUACGCCGUGCCUUCUUGUUCUUUUGCUUGAAACCACCUGUGGAACAUUUUCCAAUGCAAUUGUCAUGGUGAUAAUACUCAAAGGCAUCAAAGGAAAGAAGGUGAUCAAAACGGGGAAUAUCAUUCGGAUCUCUCUGAGCACAUCGAAUAUCUGCUACUCGGUCUUAGUGUGUGCUUCGGUGUUCAGUGGCGUUCUUCAUUCCGGACACGUUCAGAUCAUCAACCCCACCUUGACUUAUAUCGUCUACUCUCUGAACAUGUUUACCCUGAGCUCCAGUUCUUGGCUCACCGCCAUCCUCAGCUUUUUCUACUUCAUAAAGAUUGUGGAUUUCAAAGCCAGGGCCAUAGUUUGGACAAAGAAGAACGUCGAUGUUGUUGUGCCGUGGAUGAUGGUAGGGGCAGAGGUGGUGGCUCUCUUUAGCAGUUUCCUCAGCAUGCUGCUCUAUAUAAACCCUCUGAGGUCUCCCGUGAAUGAUUCAGUCAUACGUUUUAACAACUCAAAGACAGACAUGGAAUUUUUUAACAUCACUUUAAUUCCAACUUUUGUACCCUUCUUUACCAUUGUAGUCACCACCAUUUGUAUCGCUGGGACCUUGAAGAAGCACAGCCACAACAUGAAGACCAACAUGGGGACCUUAAACAACAAAGCAAUAAAAAGAUUCAGAAGCACAGUGUCCAAGAUAAAGCGUCUAUUGCUGGCUUACUUGUUGUAUUACCUGUGUGCUCUUCUGUUUUAUUUUGCCAUCGCUGCCCAUGUCAGCGUCCAGUUUUGGGUAAGUUUGCUACUGUUGUCCUCCUACACCAUGGUACAAGCCAUCCUCUUGGUCGUUGGAAACCCCAAAUUGCAAGAAGAAGCAAAGCAGAUGUUGAAGUGUAUUGUUUGCUCUCAACAAAUGCAUUCCUAA